AUGGUGAAAAACGUCCGUUCGUAUCGACGUUCAUCUACAACGAAACGUUCUGUGCUAGACGAAGACUCUGAACCAGAACUACCUAGCAUGAGCAAAGAAGCACUGGAAACAAAGAAUUCUGACGAGCCGGCUUCAGAAGAUGAACCAUUAAUCAAACACGAAAAGCUAGAGAAAAACGCCGGAAAAGAGAUUGUUGGUGUUGAUGCAGAAGGAAAGAAUGCCGACGAAGGAGACGACAAGAAUGAUGGUGAGGAAGAUGACGAGGCGGAAGAAGAAUAUGUUGUUGAAAAAGUGCUGAAGCACCGUCUGGCUAGGAAAGGUGGAGGUUAUGAAUAUCUAUUAAAAUGGGAAGGAUAUGACGAUCCAAGUGAUAAUACUUGGAGUACAGAAGCAGACUGUGAUGGCUGUAAAGAUCUCGUAGUAACAUAUUGGGAGGAACGCGGUGGUCGUCCAGAUGCCAGUUCCAAAAGAAAACGUCUUGGUCGAAGCCGUAAACCGGAAAGUAGAGAGACUUCCAUCAAAAGCCAAAGGAUUUCUGAGAGUGAACCUGCUAAACCCACUCUAGUUCCAGAAGAAGAGGAAGAAGAACAUGAAGAGAGACAGGAAUUUUCCUCGCCUUCGAAGACACCUAGUCCGGAGAAAUAUACCCAUCAGGAAAAAGAAUCUCCUCCCAAAAAUGGUCGCGCAGAGCCCAAAGAAAAUAUUCCAUCCGCAAAGGAACCGUCUCCCUCACCAAGGAAGGAGAAACUACCAAGCGCUAGCCCCAAGAAAGCUCAUUCAAAGGUUCCUGUUCUUCCCGAAAUGAAAGAGUUAACCGCUCAGCAAGUAGAACGGUAUGAUACGUGGGAGGAGUUGGUAGCCAGCAUAGAUACAAUUGAGCGAAAAGAUGAUGGGACACUCGAAAUUUAUUUAACUUGGAAGAACGGCGCUGUGUCUCAUUAUCCAAGCUCAAUCACGAACAAGAAAUGUCCUCAAAAAAUGCUACAGUUUUAUGAAAGCCACUUGACGUUUCGCGAAAACGAAUGA